AUGGCCGACGUAGACGAUGCUGAGGAGGUUGAAGACGAGCAGCAAGACCACGACGACGAGGAGAAUGAUAACGAUAACGACGACGAUGAUGAUGACGACCAAGAAAACGAGAACGACGAGGAAGACGAGAACAACACACAGCAAAGCAGCGCACCGAAGCUAACGAGAACAUCAGCAACCCCGGCGCCUAUCUUCGAUGGAUCCAAGUGGCAGCUUAAGGUCCGCCCUGAGGUGCUGACGGCGACAUCCUACGACAUCGUCCCGACCAUGGCCGCGCCCAUGGCGACCAGCGUGAAUGCCAUGUCCAUUACUCCCGACCUGCGAUACUGGAUGACGGGCGGCAGCGAUGGUUACAUCAGGAAAUACGAUGGACCGGGCACCAUCAAUGGCAAGACGCCCCUGACGGUCGCCCAGCGACAUCCAUUCGUCGAGUCGGUCACCAAAGCCGGCAUACUCAUGUCGUAUUGGGAAAAUGCCGAGCCUCAGCCUGCUUCGACACGCGCCGAAGAUAUCGUCUUGAGCCCCGUCUACUCUCUUGCAGUCAACUCAUCAGCACUGUGGUUGCUAUCCGGGCUCGAAAGCGGCGGCAUCAACAUUCAGAGUGUGCGCCAUGACGAGGGCAAGCGCAUCACUUGUCUACAGAAACACACCAAUGCCGUCAGUGUCCUCACUCUCUCAGCCGACGAGAAGAGCGUGCUAAGCGGUAGUUGGGACAAGAACAUCUUUGAUUGGGACUUGAAUGUUGGCCAGGUGAAGAGGACGUUUGAUGGUAGUGGCGGACAGAUCUCAGCACUGGAAACCAGGCCGAUGGGUGGGGUACUCGUCCCGCCCGAGGCGAGCGUGGAAGAACUACCCAGCGAUACCUUCUUUGGAAACAACGGUGCUCCUAUCAAUGGCGACUUCGACUUUUCCCUGAAGAGCGAGGCAAAUAUUGGCGGCAAUGGGGGGGGUAACGGUGCGGAUGGAGCAAUAAAUGGCGUGCUAGGCCAUGACGACAACGGGCUCGCAGAUGCUCAGGGUAGUCCGGCUCACGACAGUCUGUUCGGCGGCAGUCCUGCCGGAUCCGAUUUGUUUGGCGACAACUUCGGCGGGGAAGACGACAACGAGUUCUCUAGAGCCAUGAUGCAGGAUGCGAACGCGCAGGAGGCCCAGGAAGCACAGGAAGCUCAGCAGGCACAGCAAGCACAGCAGACGCAGGUGGCACCGGGUGAAAACACCAUGUCUGACUUCGAUAUGACAGUAUCAGCUGGGCUAGAUGACCUGAGCAGGUCGAUGAACAGCGGUAUAGAUAAUGUGCCCCUCGACGGAACCACCGAUACUCAAAUGACGGACUUUUCUCAGACAAUGACCACUCAGCCAGAAACGACGCAGCCGGAGGUUCAAACCCCAUCUGCCUUCCUGCACCCGGAAUCACCAUCGGCAGCCUUCGUUGAAGCUCCAACUACGCAUUAUGACACGACACAGACGUCCAAUUCAACCUUCCUAUCUGCUUCCAUCGACGGCCCUCUCCGCAUCUGGGAUCGCCGCGCGCCGAAUCCGAUUGCCCGCAUCGGCAACCGCCACAACGUGCCCCCGUGGUGCAUGGGUGCCUGCUGGAGCCACGACGGGAACUGGAUUUACGUGGGACGACGAAACGGCACGAUCGAGGAGUUCAGCGUGGCGAAAGCACGAGGUGGACGAGGCGGAUGGCAGCCUGAACGAACUUUCAAGUUUCCGAAUGGUAGUGGACCGGUCAGCUGCGUGCGGCCUAUGGUCAAUGGACGACAUCUCGUGUGUGCAAGUCACGAUAUUCUACGUCUGUACGAUCUUCGAUCCGACGAGAAAGGGACCAAGCAUGCGCCGCCUCCAUUUCUUAUUGUGCCGGGGCCCCCUAGAGCUGGGGUUAUCUCAAGUUUGUACAUCGACGCGAGCAGCAGGUUCAUGCUGUCGGCUGCUGGGACGAGAGGUUGGGAGGGAACGAGUACCGAGGUGCUGAUUGGAUACGAGAUUGGGGUGCCUACAAAUAGGUGA